GAAAACUAUGAGGAUAUACAUUCUCACUCAAGUUUUGGCUAUUUUGUCAUUGGCCAUCGCUGACACAUCUCUACCAUAUCCUUCCCAUCAUGUCAUAGAUGGUGAUUUGUACAUCAUUGUAAUCUUUGGUUUAACAAGCAAUGGCUGCAAGGACAUAAAACUAUCACAUUCUUUCCAAUAUAUGGAAGCUGUUGACCUUGCUCUUCAACAUAUAAACACGCAUCAAGGCCAGUUUGAAGACCUAGGUGUCAAAAUUGGUGCAAUUAUUAUGGAUGACUGUUCAUCAGCAGACCGCGGAUAUCAACUGACUAAAGAAUUUUACGAAGGCGUUCUUUUGGUCAAUGAUUCAACUGGUGCCCGCAUUGAACCUGAUCAGAUUGUUGGAUUUGUUGCAUCUCCAACCAGUGACAGAACUAUGAAAGUUGCAGAAUAUUUGAAGACUACAAAGACAGCUUUAGUGGCUCCAUUUGCUACAAGCCCUCAGUUUAGUGACAGAACUAGGUUCCCAUAUGUUGUCAGAACUGUACCAUCAGACAGUAAGCAGGGGCCUGCUUUUGCAGCAUUUUUCAUGAGUCUUGGCUGGCCCAAUGUUCAUGUUAUCAUUGAAGAUGAAUCAUCAUAUACCAGAGACUUGGCAAAUACGUUCAAAGAAACAUUUGAAAAGGAAGAACAAGGGAGAUGCAUUGCCUCUACUCACAUGCUAAAUAGCUCACAGGCGAGGUAUCACAAUGAACAAAUAAUUUCAGCCAUCAUAAACAGCUCCUCCAAGUCUGAUAUAGUUUUGUAUUUGGCAAUAGAAAUCAAAGGUUUACUAGAAGCCAAGGAAAAAUAUCUUGGAAAUGAAAAGGCAAAACGCCUUAUAUUUAUUGGGCCAGAGGGAUGGGGAAGAACUGAAAAUGUGGUUAAAGGUCAUGAAAAAGCAGCCAAAGGCUCA